AUGAACGCGGUCAGUAUUGGGGAGUACCAUGGGCUGCGGGUGGGCUCGGCCCUGCUCAGCAUUGUAGCAGGUUGUAUCAUCAUUGGUGUGUCGAAGGACUGUGAUGCAGAUGCAGUGGGGGGCAUCUUCCUUGGGGCAGGGGGGCUUGGUCUCCUCAUUGCAGUCUACCCGUUCAUAAAAGUGUGGUUCAACAUCCAUCACAUACUCCCCAACAUAGGCAACUUCAGAGUGCACCCGAUGGCUACAAAUACAAAUCCAGCUCCUGAACAACCCGUAGCUACACUCACGCGAGAGGGGACUCAAAGCCAGCUUAACGUAGAGCGUUCGAAGAGCCGGAUGGGGACAUUUGUGGAGACAACAGCUUCUACAGCAGCUGAGGGCUCACAGGAUGAUGGCCCUUCUGCAGAUGUUCCAGAUAUCUUGGGAAGGCGAAAGUUUAAGUCACCAUCUUCUGAUCAAGACCCUUUAUAACGGCUGGAUCCAAUGGAUUCUAAUUAAAGAGCAAACUGUAUUCAUUUCACAGUAAACAAGCCUGAUCUCUGCUAACCGCUCAUUAUGGUAUCGCAUUCGAUUUCACUCGUUCAAACAAGGUGUCUUUACUAAUA